UGCCUUCAUCUGUUACUAAGAAUGUAAGCCAUUAAUUAGACUUCUAUGGGGUUUUAGGUCUUCAGUCUUUUCUCCUCUCAUUGAGUAUCAUCAUGGAACAGUAUCAGUGGAUCCUGCUGCUUCUCACGAUCUUCCUGACUGGAAUCUUCUUCCUUUACCACCAGAGUCCCACCUUCAAUUUCUACUGCAAGAUGUUCUUGUUCAAUGGCUGGAUCAUACUGAUGGCCACCAUACUCUCUCCAUGUGUAACCCUAUUCUAUGGGCGAAGAGUGGAAAACAUGAAGUUUAUGCGUCUCAGCGUCCUGCCACUCAAAAAUAUCUAUGGCAUCAAGUUCAUGGUGCAGGGUUUUGAGAAUCUGAAUCUCAAGGAGCCUUAUGUGAUCGUUUCCAACCAUCAGAGCUGUUUGGACCUUCUAGGCAUGUUGGAAGUUAUACCAGAGCGCUGUGUGACCAUUGCCAAAAAGGAGAUGCUAUAUAUGGGCCCAGUAGGCUGGGCUUGCUGGGUAUGUGGCUUAAUUUUCAUUGAUCGCAAGAACAAAAAGGCUGCCAUGGACAUCAUGGACCAUGUUGCGCAGAUCAUGAGACAAGAGGAUCUGAGGGUAUGGAUUUAUCCAGAAGGCACAAGAAAUCCAGAGGAUACCUUGCUUCCCUUCAAGCGGGGAGCCUUUCACCUGGCUCUGAAGACUCAGGUCCCCAUUGUCCCCAUUGUGACCUCCUCUCAGCAAUGCUACUACAGCUACAAAGAUAAGAAGUUAAAGCCAGGAAACUGUACCAUCCGGAUUUUACCCAAGAUAGAAACGCAAGGCCUUGGACUAGAAGAAGCCCCAGCGCUGGCUGAGAGCACCCGCAAAUUGAUGCAGGAAACUUUCUAUGAGAUUUCCGAGGAGCUGCAUGGUGAGAAGGAAAGGAUUGAGUGAGUACCCUGUCGUUACGGAAGACACCAGAGGAUUUUUCAUCUUUCUCUCAAACCAUCAGUUGAUAAGAACUGAACUGAAUACAACGUGACUAUCUCUUAGCCAAAAUGGUUGGGACCAGAAAGUGUUUUGGAUUUUGGAUUGUUUUUAUUUAUUUUGGAACACCUGUGUUUACCUAUAUGUACAUGAUGAGAUAUUUUGGC